AAGUUGGUCUGACGGGUGCUCUCUACCUGUUUGUUUAUUUGCUUGCGUGCGUGCUUACUAACUCAACGUGCCUUCUUAGGAAAAGGAAACUAGCGUAGAUGUCCUAUAUAUAUAUAUAUAUAUGUAUAUAUACAUAGGACAUCUACGCUAGUGUGUAUAUAUACAUAUACAUAUAUAUAUAUAUAUACACAUAUAUAGCUAGUUAUAUAUAAUAUAUAUAUAACAUAUAUACACAACACCCUCCCCCGCGAGACCGUUGACGUUACCGCUGUGUGAGGAUAAGGGUUAACACCAGCCUGGAAGGUUACUCGGCCAAGGCUCCGUGUUCAAACUUUGAGCCGGAACUUGACCUCCUCAAAGCAAAGCAAGGGACUCUCUGACUAGACUUGCGUAUGCUAAGACUCCCAAGUAGGCAACGUGAGACUUUAUUCAAACGGCGACUUGUGAUGCCGCUGUGCACGUGCACUCUCGCCUGCUAGCUACUGGGAGUUAAGCUAACAGCUUCCACAACUGAACGUUUGCUCAGUCCUUCGGCUUGUUUCCUCAAGCUCUUCUUGUUGCUGUAUGUCGAGUCUCAACGGCACGAGGUUAACGCCGUUGGCAUGUAUUGUUCUUAAAUGUCUCGUACUACAAGUUGGACUCAGAGUCGACAGCUUCAACAUGGCAUGGAGUCUGUUGGGUCCAGCCGUAGUUCCAUCCCAUCACAUUAUCACAUUGGCUGGCAUGAAAACUAUGAAUGCAGUGAGCUGGCGUUCCCGCGGAGCCUUUGAUGAGUUGACGGACGAGAGCAACGGAAUUCACAGAAGAUAACACAGACCUGCGUUCGCCUGUCUGGAGACCGAGUCCCAGCCAGCUGCCGCCGCCAUGUCCGCAGAGCCGGACCCAUCGCGGUUUGCGAACCCGCUGCCUCCCGCGGUCACCAAUCCUAACGGGCCAGUCCGGAGGACCAACCAGCUGCACUACAUGCAGAAUGUCGUGAUCAAAUCCCUGUGGCGGCACCAGUUCGCUUGGCCUUUCCACCAGCCGGUUGAUGCAGUCGCUCUUGGGCUCCCAGAUUAUCAUAAGAUCAUAACAUCUCCCAUGGACCUGGGAACCAUCAAGAAACGACUGGAGAACGACUACUACUGUAAUGCGGGCGACUGCAUGCAGGACUUCAACACCAUGUUCACCAACUGCUACAUAUACAACAAGCCCACAGACGACAUUGUGCUGAUGGCGCUCGCCGUGGAAAAGGUUUUCUUACAAAAAGUUUCCCAGAUGCCGCAGAGGGAAGUGGAGAGUUUUCCCCACGCCGCCAAAGGGAAGGGCAAAAAAAGUAGCACCCCAGAAAUUGGGUUUCCUGCUGCGACGCCCACAACUCAGCCGAGCCUCAGCGACACGCCCUCCAGCUCAUCCACGGUACCCAAACCGCCUUCACAGACCUCCACAAAAAAGAAAGGGCUGAAGCGCAAGCUAGACGGCGCCGCAGAUUUCGCCACAGCGGCCAUAACCGGUCUGAGACGUGAAAGCGAGGACCGGGGAGAGGACUCGCCAGGACAAGAACCGGAGCAGCUCCAGUAUUGCAACAACAUCCUGAAGGAACUGCUUUCCAAGAAAUGCCAGGCCUACGCCUGGCCUUUCUACAAGCCCGUCGACGCUGAAGCGCUGCAGCUCCACGAUUACCACCACAUCAUCAAGUACCCCAUGGAUCUGAGCACCGUGAAGGAAAAAAUGGACAGAGGAGAGUACCAGGACGCACAAGGCUUUGCUGCAGACGUUAGGCUCAUUUUUUCCAAUUGCUACAAAUACAACCCGCCGCAUCAUGACGUGGUCACUAAGGCCAUACAACUUCAGGGUGUGUUCGAGAAGAGGUUUGCAAAGAUGCCAGACGUGCCGGUGGAGCUGCCAUCGCCAGCCAAGAGUGCAGCUUUUAGAGGAGACAACUUGGACAAACCGGACGUGGCGGAUGAGCGGGACAAACCCACCCGACUUGCUGAGGUCCAAGAACAGCUCUCUGCGUACUGUGAAGUCUCUGCUCUUCCACCAAAGAAGAAAAACAAAAAGGACAAGAAAGAGGACGGCAUGCAUCAUCAAGGCCAUGCGAAUUACAACUCCAGGGCAAGCGAAGUCUGGGAUUUGGGUGACGAAACUUUGCAAAUGACGUACGACGAGAAGCAACAGCUGAGCCUCGACAUCAACCGGUUGCCCGGCUUGAAGCUGGGCCGCGUGGUGCACAUCAUCCAGAGACGGGAGCCCUCGACGCGCGAUCCCAACGCCAACCCCAACGAGAUCGAGAUCGACUUCGAGACACUGAAGCCGGCCACUCUGCGCGAGCUGCAGCAAUACGUGAAGUCUUGUCUGUAUAAGAAGUUCAAGAAAUUUCAAAAGAAAAGCAGUCACGCCGCGUCCCAUCCCGUCAGCUGCAGCACUUCUUCAGAAUCCGCCGCCUGCACCUCCAGUGACUCCAGUUCGGAAAACAGUGACUCGUGACGGCUGCAAUGUUUUUAUUUAUUUCUCCGUGUGACCAAAAGAGAGUUCUGCAAAACUGUUAAACAUGCCCUGUUUUCUUUUUUGGAUUGGGCUCCUGUUCAAAUAUUUGGAUUCAGUGUGGCAUUUCUCACUCUUCCUUUAUGAAUCGUAAUAUCCGGGCGCUGGUGUUUCUUAUCAGGCGCUAUAAAUUCACUGGGGCACAUUUCAUAACGUCUGCGUUUAAUAUCCUGUCUCUAUCAUUCAUUUUGCCCACACUGUUUAAUUGCAGUGCAGGCCUUUUUCCAAAUGGAGUUAUAUUCUUCCCAACAGCCAAAUCUUUUUUUUUUCUUUUUUUUUUUAUGCACUCAAUAGCAGCUCUUAAAGUUAAGAGAAGCAAGUUUCUCAUGUGCCACAUCAUUAUACACAAAGAUAUCAAGUCACGUGGAAAACAAUAAAACCAAUCUCAAGCACGCUGCACAGUUAUACGGGCGGCUGUGUGAGACUGACAUGGAUAUUCAUCUUUAUGAUGGCAAUGUAAUAUCUAUUUAGUGGGUGAUUUUGGUUGCUGGUAAGCAAAGGUACACGGUUCCACACAUCUGUUACACUUGUAAUUGUAGAGAAAAACGGUUGGUCAAAUGUAUAUUGAAAUAUUUGACCAUUACAUCUCUUUUGUAUUACGGUUUAGCACUAAAUGCACGUAGCAAUUUUUCUUUUGUACUUUUAAAAAAAAUGUUUUGUUUAAUUAAUUUUUCUUGACAUCCGCUUUGAAUUUCGUUUGACUGCCACUUUCUUCAGGUGCCAUCGGUGAUUUUAGUUCCAAGCAGGGCCGUUUAAAAUACAGCGCUGGCGUGACCUUUUGGAGAGGGCCACCCCAGUGUUUGGCAUGCCGUAGUCCAUAUUAGUCCAUAUUUUCAGCAUUUAGCAGUGCUUUAACGGUGCUUUCCCCUCCAGGUGUCUUCACGGUGUGGUAUAAAGGUCAACAUGCAAAGACUUGAGUUCAGUAAUCCAUCAAAGUGAACAUCACUGUUGCAUAUGGCACCCCUACUGGUAUGUUGCAUGGAACUGCUGACUUCUCAAACCUGGAAAUACAAUGUAACUUGAGAGUAAAAUUAUGGCUACAUGGCUCGUGUUUCAAGUCGCUACAAUUAAGAUUUUCCAUUCUGUUUGAACAAAAAUAGAAGAAAAAAAACCUACCAGCCGGAUUGUAAUUAGAUUAUAAAUAAUAAAAAAAAAACACAUGUAAUUAUGUACUGUAUGUUGUUUUUGUUUGGAUGCUGUUAAUGUGAAGUUGUAAUAAGAUAAUAUUCCAUUUAUCUGCUCAUCCGUUUCUAUUUUGUUAAUAAAAGUAAAAAGCCCAAA